CUAGUGAUGAGUUGCGAAUGGCUGAAGAAUCACACCAACCGUACCUGCAAAAAUGGUUCACUCUAUCUUCGUGCUCCUCCUCCUCUUGUUGUGCACCACCUUCUCUGCAAUUUCAUCUCAUCAACAACACCCUUCAAUCACCGCAACCAUGGAGCAAUUCUCUGGUUACAAAAUUCAUGGACCUCCUCACACUUUCAUACCCACUUCCCUCUCCGUUGAUGCUCAGGGUCUGCAGAACCAGAUUGAUGAGCUCUCAGCAUUUUCUGACGCACCUGCCCCAUCAGUAACCAGAGUCUUGUAUACUGAGAAGGAUGUUUUAGCUCGUAGCUAUGUAAAAGACCUCAUGGGAGUUGCUGGUCUAUCUGUGAGAGAGGAUGCUGUUGGUAACAUAUUUGGUCGAUGGGAGGGCCAGGAACCCGAGCUUGCUGCUGUUGCAACAGGUUCGCACAUUGAUGCUAUACCUUACUCUGGAAAAUAUGAUGGAGUUGUUGGUGUUUUAGGAGCUAUUGAAGCCAUCAGUGUCCUGAAAAGGUCUGGCUUUAAACCUAGAAGACCAUUGGAAGUCAUAUUGUUCACAUCAGAAGAACCGACACGGUUUGGAAUAAGUUGCUUGGGAAGCCGCUUAUUGGCUGGGAGUGAGAAUCUUGCAAAUGCUCUAAAAACAGCAACUGAUAGUCAAAACACAUCCUUCUUAGAUGCUGCAAGAUCUGCUGGGUAUGCGAAAGAUAAAGAUGACUUAUCUAGUGUAUUUUUGAAGAAAGGAACAUAUUCUGCUUUUGUUGAACUGCACAUAGAACAAGGGCCAAUUCUGGAAGACGAAGGUAUAUCUAUAGGCAUAGUUACUGCCAUUGCAGCUCCAGCAAGUCUAAAGGUUGAAUUUGAAGGCAAUGGUGGUCAUGCAGGCGCUGUCCUUAUGCCUAACAGAAAUGAUGCUGGACUAGCAGCUGCUGAAUUAGCCCUAGCUGUUGAGAAACACGUGUUGGAAUCUGGGUCUAUUGAUACUGUUGGCACUGUCGGUAUCCUGGAACUACAUCCCGGAGCAAUCAACAGUAUCCCUAGCAAAUCACACAUAGAAAUUGACACUAGAGACAUUGAUGAGGAGAGAAGAAACCAAGUGAUUGAGAAAAUCCACCAAUCAGCCAUUAAAAUAACUGAAACCCGAGGUGUCAAACUCUCAGAGUUUCACAUCGUCAAUCAGGAUCCACCAGCCCUUUCUGAUGAAGCAGUCAUCAAUGCGAUGGAAACUGCCACAACAGUGUUAAACUUGACCAGCAAGUUGAUGAUUAGUAGAGCCUAUCAUGAUUCAUUAUUUAUGGCCAGGUUGUCUCCAAUGGGCAUGAUUUUCAUUCCAUGUUACAAAGGGUACAGCCAUAAGCCUGAAGAGUUUGCUAAAAUUGAAGAUAUGUCAAAUGGUGUAAGAGUGUUGGCUCUCACCUUGGCCAAAUUGUCCCUUCAGUAAUAUCUUAUUUAGUGAUUGUAGUGUUGACUCUCAUUGUAGAAUAAAUAAGUGCCAUGAACCAAAACACAAUAAUGAUUUUCAUAUUAUUCUUCUAA